AGUCCCUUGCUGGAGUGCGGGCAACACUUCGCACAGGUUCUCUGGCUCACCUUGCCGGGACCUCUGAUGGCCGCAUUGCGCCGAAUGCUCCACGUGCCGGCGCUGGUGGCGGGGGCCCGCCGCGCACUGGCGGGUUCCCUGGCCAGUAGCUGCUUGGCAGACCGCUGCCUCUGGGAUCGGUUCCACGCCCAGCCACGUCUUGGUAGUGUCCCCACCUUCGACUGGUUCUUUGGAUAUGAGGAAGUCAAGGGGCUCCUACUGCCGCUGCUGCAGGAGGCACGGGAUGCCUGCCCACUGCGUGUGCUGGAUGUGGGUUGUGGGACCUCAAGCCUGUGCACAGGCCUGUACACCAAGUCCCCACACCCCGUGGAUGUGCUAGGGAUAGACUUCUCUCCUGUGGCUGUGGCCCACAUGAAUAGCCUCCUGGAAGGUGGCCAAGGCCAAGCACUCCUAUUCCCUGGGCACCCUGCCUCCCGCCUCCACUUCAUGCUGGCUGACGCCCAGAAUCUGGGGCCUGUGGCUUCCUCAGACUCCUUCCAGCUACUGCUGGAUAAAGGCACCUGGGAUGCUAUUGUCAGGGGUGGUCUGCCUGAGGCUUAUCAGCUGCUAUCAGAAUGCCUGAGGGUCCUAAGCCCCGGGGGGACCCUGAUUCAGUUCUCAGAUGAGGACCCUGAUGUGCGGCUGCCUUGCCUGGAGCAAGGGUCCCAUGGUUGGACUGUGACUGUGCAGAAGCUAGGCCCUUUCAGGGGCAUCACCUACUUUGCUUACUUGAUUCAAGGCUCUCAUUAAAGACAUUUUAGUCCC